GUGAACUCUAAACCCAAUAUUUACAGCAAACUCAGCACUCGACUCUAACUCAGGAAAAGCUAGACAUUAUACUUUGCUGACUAUGCUAUUGUAAAUCUGGAGGAUUCAUAGCUAUACAAAUCACAAUGGCAUUCAACAGGGGCAGGCCUGAAUUGAAAGACCUUCUUGACCAACUCGGUGUGGUGACAGAAUGGGAGUUACUGGGAAAUCACUUGGGCAUUAAGAGGCACAAGCUCAACGAUAUCAAAGUGGAGCGGCAUGGUAAAGCCUCCCUGUGCAAGAUGGACAUGUUUGACUACUGGCUAAGGAGUGAUAUAUACGCUAGCUGGCAGAAGGUGGUGGAAGCCCUGGAAAAAAUGGAUGAUUUCGGUCUACUAUCUCAUACUUUGAGAGUCAGCCAUGGACUAGCUCCUGCUGUUCCUGCAGAGCCAAUGCAAUCUUCUCAAGGCGUGCAGCAAGGCUACUCUGCCAGUGCUGGUCACAGUGCAGGGGUUGCUUCUUUGGCUGGUGUGCAAGAAAAAACAGCUAUACAAGAUACCAGUGCUCAGAAAUCAUCCAAUAUAGCUUUAAUCAUCAGCUCUUUAACGCGAGAUGAUAGCAAUGUCGAUGCUGUUAAUGCAAUUGAUCCGAGUGACCCUAAACUUUCUGUACUUCAGCAAGCAAUUACACGUCGUGCCCUAAAUAUGGCCAAAGUGCUUAUUGCUCUGGGUGCUGAUGUGAACUAUGUCAAUAGCAAAAACUUGACAGCUUUUGAUAUUGCCAGCAUGAUGAGUGAUGAAAAUGCUUUAGAGCUUCUAAAGAGUGUUGGAGGACUUCCGUCUUCCUAUGUCUACAAAGACACUAGCACUAAAAUGGAAUCUGAAGAAGAGAUGAGAUCACAAACUCAUUCCCUUGUUCUGUGUCUGGACAGCAGUGGGGAGAAGGCGCUCGUGCAGCUGGAGAUACUCAACCAACUUGAGAAACUAACUGGCAAGAAGAUCUCUGAACUGUUUGAUUAUAUGGUGGGCAGUGGAAUUGGAGGACUCUUCCUACUAGCCAUGGUGUACGCUGACAAGACUGUGCGUCAGCUCCAAAGGCUAUACUAUCAGUACAUGCAAAGAAUGUUGAAUGUAACUGACGCCAAGAAGAGUUGGAGGGAACUGGAGGACUUUUUUCAUGAUCUGUUUCGACGUACAAGAAUGGACGAUAACGUCUCUCCCAAGGUUCUCAUUGCUGCUGUGAACAGGGAGACCACUAAACUCAAGCUAAAAUUCUUCAGUAACUUUUCAAAAGAGAAAGAUUCAUCACUUCACGUAUACAGAGUAGCAUGCUACACCUGUGCCACCCCUGAGUACUAUGGCGUGAUAGGCAAUGACACAGACCACUACAUUCAUGGGGGAGCCAUCUGCAGAAACCUCACACCCUCUGCUCUGACCUUCAUUUACGAGAAUUGUAAAAAGCCCUCCAUUACCGGUGUAGUGUCUGUAGGGGAGGGAAUCUGGUCGUCUAUGCCUUACACGGAGGACACAGAUCUAUCAGCAUGCGCAGCGGAUGCACUGGUGGAGCAGAUCCACCAGAACUGUAAGAGCCGGUUCUCUCCCCCCAACCCUGCCUUCUACUACCGUAUCAACCCACUUUUUCCAGUUCAGACACCGGUGAAGCUACUACUGGAAGACCUCGUUGAUUUGCAUGUUAAUGCUAUUGUCACUCUUGUUGGAGAGGAGAGCUCAUCAUCUCUGGAAAUUAAAAGUCUGGCAUAUCAGUUAGCUUCCUAAGCUUUUUUGGUAGUAUUAUUAUUAUUCAAACAGAAGUUUUCUACAGUUUGUAGUUUUGAUCGUGUUGUGUUUAAACUUGUGCAUGUGUCAUGCAUUUUUAAUGAUGUAAUGUACAAGUAAAAAAAUAAUAGUUAUAAUAUACAA